AUGUUGGCCCAAACCCCCCCCAACAACUUCAAAAUCACUCUGCCUGCUGUCAACCAGCCGCUUACAUUUGACGAUCUCCGACCAAUUUCCUCCGCUGCUCUUGAAGAGCCUGCCAACUUUGCCGGCGACGCUUCCAGCCGACACUCUACUAUGCAGCAUACCUUUGCCUACAACGCUGCAGAGACUGCCACCCACUUUGACACCGUCUCCUACGAUAGCGAGAGCGCGACAUUGCAGCACAGUGCCGUUUACACCCUGCCUCUGUCCUCACCUACUCAGAGUCUCCUUAGUCACUCCAUUGAAAGCGAUUUUCCCAUGGAGAGCUCACACGGACCCAAGACACCCGAAGAGUGGUCCACGAUGUUGUCCAACGCCGACGAGGCCUACCAACAGUCGUGGAACGGCGGUGUCGCUCCAUAUUAUGCUGCCCAGGACCAGGCCUCUCAGAUUGCCCAUCUCGGUGCUGUUUUCGAUAAUCAGCCAACCAUACACUCUUCUGAGGAAUUGCUCACUACUUCUACUGGCAGCGCCUACCCUCCCUUUUCUACCAUGGCUCCUCUGCCGUACAGUCACGAAAUGGGCCACAACGCUGCCAGCUCUGCAGUGCCCCGCGGUUUCAGCCAAUACAGCGAUGCCUUUUCUGGCCUGCUGCCUCUCUCGGCCGACAGCGAUGCCAGACAUUCGAGCCCUUCUUCCUUCAGCACUGGCGAUGACGCCACUACCAACACACGCGCUUCCUCUGUCUCCAUCCCUCGCAAGAGACAAAACCGGGAAAUGAAGAAACAGCAGCGACGCCCAUCGCCCGUCAGCAUUGGGCACACUUCUCAGACCCUUUUGCCCUACCCGACUCCCUCCUCCGCCCCUCCUUCCACCUUGCCGUCCAUGAGAAACUUGACAGAAAACGGCACUCGCGACUGCACGGAAUGCAAUUUGACCUUUCGCGAUGCCCCUACUCUCCAGAAGCACAUCAAGUCUGAGCACACACGACCACUACUCUGCGUCUUUCACUACGCUGGAUGUACUUCGCGAUUCGCUUCCAAAAACGAAUGGAAGCGCCAUGUUGCCUCGCAGCACCUUGCGCUCCGAUACUGGAUCUGUACCGAGGGAGCAUGCGGCCAGACUCGCGGACCUUCUACCCGCUCUCGCGCCGCCUCUCUUCCCGCUUUCGGUUCCAUCUUCAACCGCAAAGAUCUCUACACCCAGCAUAUCCGCCGCAUGCAUCUGAUUCCUGAGGGCAGUCCUAUUCUGGGGCCUGCCUCAAAAAAGCCUAUGCCCAGCGAAAUUGAGGACCGUAUGCGCGAGCUUCAGACCAACGCCGCUCGCACCCGCUGCUCCCUGCCUCGCUUCAUGCUGUGCCCCGCGCCGGGCUGUACUACCGAGUUCCACGGCGCCAACGCCUGGGACGACCGUAUGGAGCAUGUCGCUUGCCACCUUGAGCGCGCCGCCGCCGGCGAGGAGCUUCUCGUGAACUUUGGCGGUUCUGGCGACUGGACCCUCACCGACUGGGCCGCGAGCGAGGGCGUCAACGUCACCCGCCAGACCUCGAGUGGCUCCUGGAAGCUGUGCAACCCCCUCCGCGGCGAGGGCGGCAGCUCCCGCGGCGGCCGCUCACGCACCAGCGUCUCCUCGGCUGCCGCCCGCCGAGCCUCGAUGGCUCGCCAUGGCGCAGACGAAGAGGAUGCCGAGGGCGAGGACUGCAACAACGUCUGGAGCCGGUCAUGA